UCAAAAUGGCGGACGAAAAAGAAGAUUUGGAUAAAUUUCUGCAGGAUGUCGAUGAUAUAGGCUCUAUCGUUAGGAAUCUUUCGUCAAAAGAUGAGGAAAGGAACAGAGAGGCAAUGGAAGCAUCAGAAAAGUUAAUGAAAGAGAAAGAAGAGAGAGAAAAAGUGAAGACAAAGUAUGACAAAACUUUGAUUAAUGCACACCCCAGUCCUUCUGAGCAACAAUAUACAAAGGAGCAAGAACAGUUUAUGAGAGGAAUUGAGCUUGAUGCAAAAGAAAGGGGAGAGAGAAUGAAGAAAAAUGAAGCUGAUGCAGAAACUCUAAAGUCUAAAGGGAACAAGGAAUUUAAAUCCUGUCGUUAUCAGGAAGCAAUUGAUUGUUAUACUGCAGCUAUUAAAUUAGUCAAGUAUUUUCCUGCAUUGUACACAAAUAGAGCUCAGGCUUACAUAAAACUGGAUAAGUUUGAUGCCGCUAUUGAUGAUUGUAAAUGGGCAAUGAAGAUUGAUGAGAAAUGCGUGAAGGCUUAUGUCCAUUGCGGACGAGCAUUGCAAAAGAAGCGACUCUUUUCUGAGGCAAUUUCGUUCUUCAAAAAAGGUGAAGAAAUUGACCCAAAUCAAAAAGAUGUUAUAGCAGGUUACAUCUCACAGACGGAAAAGGAACAAAAGGAAUAUGAUUUUGAAUGUGAGGUCAAUGUAAAAUAUGAGAGCGAUCCCUGUCUAAAAGCAGUCGGGGAAAUUAUUGAAAAACUUAAUGAAAAAUCUGAUUUAAAAGAGUGCACAAUAUGUGCGCGCCAACUGGUAGAACUACUUGCGAAUAGCGAUGAAUCCAAGACGCUGUUUCGUCUUUUAAAAGGAUUUUCUUUCUUUGGCACAACUACUAAAUUUUGGAGAUUGUGUGAAAACUGUAGCUCGUGGGAGUCCAACGAGGAGACGUUUGUUCACGAAAUGUUGAACCUUGGAGAAAUUACUAGUGCUAACAAUGAACGGAAUGCUGGGGAACUUCUUAACUACAAAAUAAUCGACGUAAUACACAAGGUGUGUCAGAAAUGCAAUGUCCAAAAAGUUCUCUUGGCUUCGGUAAGACUUUUACGUCAGCUGACGGAGUUUACAUUGGGAAGACAACAUAUUGUGGAUUAUGCUCGUCACAACAGUUGUUUUGUGGAAAGACUUUUGAAAUUUGUAGAAGAAAGACAUGCAAUUUCAAGGAUUGUAAUGGGAUGCAUGAACAAUUUAUCGUUAGACAAGACAUUUGCUUCAAACAAUUCUUCACAACUAGAAAAGAUUCUUUUCUCCCUUAUCAAAGCACCUAUGACCACGUCCGAUAAUUCAAAGUUGGAUCGAAAUGCCCAACUGGCACUUGUAACCACAGGCUUCGCAACAUUAGCAAAUCUGGCCCGAGUCAAGAGGAUAAGGAACAGACUACAGCUUAAUGUUCAAGUGUGGAUUCUUUGUGUUGAUAUUCUGACUGAAUAUGAUAGUAUUAACGAAGAAGAAAUAGCUGAUGUGAUUUAUGCUUUAUUGGGUUUACUGAUCAACCUUUUAAUUGAAGAUUCAAUUCAUGUAAAGAGUCAUGGUAUUGCAAUAGCUGUGUUGAUCUUGAAGUUACUUACUUUAGAAAACAUGGAUAUCGUAGAGCGUCUGCUUGGCGUCUCACGAUUAUUGAUGACGUAUAGUAAUGAAGUAGUUCAAUUGGUUUGUACUGAAUCUACCUACGAUGUCUUACUGAAAAUCGUUCAGAGAACCGCGGGCGAUACUACGAUUUCUUAUGGGGUUAAAUGUUUGGCUUUAUGUACAGCAGAAAAUAGGGAUGCAAGAAAAUAUAUUAUUUCAAAUGGUUUGCCACUAUUUCAAAAAUUAUUGUCAUCAAAUAAUGACACUAUCGUUGGAAAUUCUGCUAUUGUCUUAAGUAGCUGUUUUGAGGAAGAUGAAGUCAGCGAACAGCUUUUUGGAACAUCAAUUGUGAAAGAUUGUUUGACUUUGGCGACACGAACGGAUCUAAAUAAAAAUGUUAAACAGAAUGUAGCCAUUGCACUUGCCAAACUGGUCAAACACGAUUUAAGGUUUUUAGAAGAGCUACGAGAGCUGCAUGGGGUGGAGAUAUUACACUCAGUUGUUCAAUCAAACAAUCUGAUUUGAUGCUAGAAAACAAAUUUUCAAGUGAAUUUCACUCACUGGAAUUGUGUUCGUAUUUGGUGUGCAGAGAACACUAAAAGAGGAACAAUAUUUAUUGUAUGCCGACAUACAUACAGGGCAGUGGUCACGAUCUUAGUCAGCUGGCAGAUGCAGCCUCGCCCCCGGCGCGUGUUCCUCGUCCCCGGCCCUAACCCGAUCCCUGCGCUCAACUCGAUGAACUGCAUUUUUUGUUGAUAAGCUUCAAUCUUCAAACCAUUCAUAAAAAGAGAAAUUAAUAUUUAUUAAUAUUUCAUAUGAAUAUAGUGUCACAAAUCCCAACCAUCAGUUUAGAAAUUGUAAAAUAAAUGCAUUAAAAAUAGUCCUAACUCCUAAGG